CUUCUAUCCCUAUCUCUCCGUGUCAACCUUCCACACCUAUUCAGUGAUUGCACACCAAGAGCAAUUGCUAGUAAACUACUCUCUGCUAUUAUUGAAAAAUAAAACUUCCUAAAUUAGAUGUCUCUUCAUGUCUUACCUUUUUUUGUAAAAAAAUAAAUUGAAUGAAGCAAGCAGAUAAAAUUAAUUUCGCAGGUUGUGUGAUCGAUUCCCGAAUCCCGCCCCGUUUAUCAAAGCAACCUUGCUCCCAAAUCUUCAGUCUCCCAAAUCGUUUCUUCCUCUACAAAAAAUAGGCAGUUUUCAAAGCAGGAAAUAAAUAUUAUUUGCAGAUUAUCUCCGUAGUAGGACGUCUUCUUCUUUAGAGCCGAAAACAGAACUGAGUAGGAUAGGACAUGACUAGGUCUGGAGCCUGAAGGGUAAACCUACAGUAUUUAGGAAAAUCUAAAGGUUUGAGAGGACUAGUCCGCAGUUUGCAGAGUUUGAAGCUUCAUUCCUGCUGUUCUCCCAAGGAAUCGAUCCUGCUGUUCUCCUAAGGAAUCGCAGGGUUGAGAGGACUAGCCUGCAUUUAUUCGGAAAAAAAUACGGUUGUAAAGCAUUUUAUCUAUAUGUUUGGAAAGCUCAGGCUUUAAAAGCAUUAACCUACAUUUUUCUUGAUAAGCCGCUGUUUGAAAGGGUCUUGUCUGCAGAUAAGUUUAAACUCUGGUUUCAAAGGAUUUCUCAUAAAAAUUACCUGGAAGUUUGAAAAGUCUGGGUGCAAGAGCUUGCUCCUUGAGGUUUCAGGUGCCGAUCAUGGUUAUGUUCUGAGUCCAUUCUGCGGCUCAUAAGAUCUGCUAAAUGUUUUGGUCGCUAGCCUUGAUUUUGCAUGGCAUUUGGUACAAAGAUGCUCAAGAGCAAUGUUGAAGAUGCAAUUCAGCAGCCCGUCAACAGUUACAGGGUUUUGUUGAUUCGGGUUAAACAAGAGGCAUCAUCGAUAACUCUUGGAAUAUUCAACUGAGCAAAAAUUGUUAUUAAAUAUCCUACAACAAACCUUUACCUGAUAUGUAUUAAUCUAAGUUAUGCUUGACUUUGGAAACCCAAAUUCAACCUGUACUUUUUCAGUAGAAGUAACCUAUGGACGCUCUGAUGGCUUCCUAUGCUUCUUCAUCUGAUGAUGAAGACAAUGCUGAAACGAUUCUUAAGAAGAAGCCAAGGCUUGGAGGAGAAGAUGGCUCAAAGGAUGCACUCCUGUUGCUUCCAUCGCCAGUUACUCUUCUGGAUUUCUCCUCUAAUUUGUCUGUGAAGAAUGUGGAUUCUGGGAAUCGAAUAAGGAGCUUUCCACAUGUUGAAGGAAAUUAUGCAGUUCAUGUCUAUAUCCCGGUUAACAUAUCCUCAAUUGACAAGGAGGAGUUAACCUCCUUUGUGAAGAAAGCUGGAUUGCUUGUACCAGAACUACAUGCUAUUGACACUGAUCUGCCUCUGUGCCCAGGGAAUAUAAAAAACAAAGAUGGUGCUCAUGUUGAUGUCUCAACCCUAGCCGAAGAGUAUCAUAUUAGUCUAUCGAGAACAGUUGCAAUCAGGGUUCAUCAGAUAGAUUCCAUUGUAGGAAUGCUUCGUAACAAAUUGCAUAGUCAGAAGCGAUAUUGGAUAGAAUUUGGAAAGUGGGAGGUGUUUAUUAAUGAUGAUCAAACUAGAUCUUUUCUUGCAUUGGAAGUUACAACUAGAGGCUUAUCUGAGAUAUCUAAACAAAUAUGCAUUGUUGACGAAGCUUUUAGACUCCACAAUCUUCCAGAAUUCUAUAAGAAUCCUCGACCACAUAUAUCAGUAGCUUGGGGUUUGGGAGAUAUCACGUCAAAAUUGAAAAAGGUUGCUGAGGAGUUGAACAACUUGAAGGGAAAUACAUGUUCGAAGAGAAAAAGCGUAUGGACCUACCCAUUUAGCAGAAUUGAAUGUAAGAUUGGCCAGAAAGUAUAUUCCAUUUGCAAAUUGACAAAAUAAUAUAGUCUAAACUUUAUUAACAUUA